CAAUUUGACUUGUGCAAGAGAAAGGCACCAACCAGGCGGCUCUUAUUGGCAGGAGAUCGCGCUUUCUUGUUUCCAUAGAGCUAUCCCUGUUUCUUGCUUCACAUGCGAUAUUAACAAACAAGAGUGUCAAACUCAGAUUCCGCGCCGUUCAUUGCGCUUGUUAAUGGUGGAUGGAUUUACUUAUAUGCAAUCAAUCUCCAUUAAAAUCAACGCUGGAACCCAUUCUUGGCGAUCAAUUACACUAAACUACAAUGUUUUCCAAGAUCAGGAUUCAGUUUCUUCAGUUCUUCAACAAAACCCAAAAUUCAUCUCGUUUGAUCAAUCUGAUUCUAAUCUCCUCUUCUUUAUGCAUAAUCUAUCUCCUGACAUCGAUAUUUCUUGUUGGUACUUCGAAGAUUAUAAGCAGAGAGUCUUCUCAACAAGCUGUACAUGAACCAACAUCGCUUGAACAUAUCGUGUUUGGCAUAGCAUCGAACAACAAAUCAUGGUCGAACCGUAAGGAGUACGUCAAGCUCUGGUGGAAGCCAAACCAAAUGAGAGGAUGUGUGUUCUUGGAAUCCAUGCCACCUGAUUUGAAUUCCUCAGCUAGUUCUUCUUCUUCUCUGCCUCCCGUGUGCGUUUCAGGGGACACUUCGCGGUUCCGGUAUACUUGCAGAGGUGGUCUUCGGUCGGCGAUACGGGUGGCUCGCGUAGUCUCGGAAACUGUGGCGCUUAAUCAUUCUGAUGUGAGAUGGUUUGUGUUUGGGGAUGAUGACACUGUUUUCUUCCCGGAGAAUUUAGUGAAGACUCUGUCCAAGUAUGAUCAUGGACUCUGGUACUACAUUGGUUCUAAUUCGGAGAUAUUUGAGCAGAACAGAUUUUUUGGGUUUGAUAUGGCUUUUGGUGGAGCUGGGUUUGCUAUUAGUUAUCCACUCGCGAAAGUUCUUGCAAAGAUUUUCGAUUCUUGCAUUGCAAGAUAUCCACAUCUUUAUGGAAGCGAUUCCAGAGUAUUUUCUUGUUUGACGGAGCUCGGUGUCGGUCUAACUCACGAACCCGGUUUUCAUCAGGUUGAUGUUCGGGGAGAUGUUUUUGGAUUAUUGGCAUCGCAUCCAUUGACGCCAUUAGUGUCACUGCACCAUUUGGAUUUCAUAGAUCCAAUCUUCCCUGACAUGACAACAAUGAAGGCAUUGGACCAUUUAUUCAAAGCAACAAGCAUUGAUUCCCAAAGAAUUUUGCAACAGACAGUUUGUUACGAUCCUUGGUUUUCAUGGACGAUUUCAGUGUCAUGGGGUUAUGCUGUUCAAGUUCACAGUAAUCGUCUACUUCUACCGGAUGCUCUUCCUGUUCAAGCAACAUUCAGGCCGUGGCAAAAGCGUGGGAGUCCAUUUGCGGGGGCGUACACUUUUAACACCAAACAACUUCACCCUGAUCCAUGUACAAGACCCACAGUCUUCUUCUUUGAUAAUGUAUCUUCCGAUGGCGAUGAAAUUCGGAGCAAUUACAAGAAAGCCUAUCAGAAUUGUACUCAAGACAUGGGUUCACCCAAGAAACUAGAAGAAAUCAAAGUGUUCUCAACGAAGCUUGAUCUUGGCAUUAAACAGUUGCAGGCUCCAAGACGGCAAUGUUGCGAUGUAUUGCCUUCUUCCGCAGGAAAAGUGAUGGAGAUUGAAAUUAGAGAAUGCAAAGAAGAUGAGUUGAUCCAUAUGCAUGAGUGACCAAUUUUAAGGUACAGUUGCAUUGACAGGGUGCUGUGUUGAUAAUCCUCGAGGCACCAAUCAGGGAAAUAAAAUUAGUGUUCUAGGAGCUGAUUAGUUGUCGGAGAUGCAAAUGCUAUAAAGAUGACUUGAAUCUAACUUUCUUCAUUGUUGUUGAGACAACAUUGUUAGAGAAAGAAGGAAAGCAAAUUCGAUUGCCGAGAUUGGAGGAAGGAGAAGGUGACUGUACUUGUAGAUGUUUUUUUUACUACAAUACUCAAAUGGAAUAAUAAACUAAUAAUUACUUAUUUUUCAUAAAUACAAUACAAAUUAAUAUACA